AUGUUACAGUACCAAGGGUACAAGGAUCCCACCGUCGAAUACUCUUUGACUACCCUUCGAAGAGUAGCCACGCCGUCAAAACGGCAACAGAGAAACAGCAAAGUUACCUAUUUCAACAUUUUUUCCAGCUCGCACUUGCUGCAAGGCUGCUUCGCUGCAAUAUUUCAUGAACGCUUUUUAGCGCUAAUAUCAGAGAAGAAUAGAGGUGCACCUGAAAGGCGUAGGGAGGCAUUGCACACCCAAUGGUGA